AUGGCUGGCGAGAAAGGAAAGGUCUGCUUGGCCUACUCGGGUGGUCUCGAUACCAGCACGAUUCUGGCCUGGCUUUUGGAGCAGGGAUACUCUGUCGUCUGCUACCUUGCCAAUGUUGGGCAGGAAGAGGCUCUCCAGAUUGGCGCUGAGAAGAUGAUCAUUGAUGAUCUCAAGCGCGAGUUCGUCGAGGAGCUCUGCUGGAAGGCUGUUCAUCUGGCCCGCCCCAUCAUUGCUCGGGGUCAGAUGAAGGCUGCCGCCGCCACUGGACCGGCAAGGGAGCUCGCUUUCUACACAAUCAACCCCGAGAUCAAGGUCAUUGCUCCGUGGCGCGAUCCUACCUUCUUCAACCGUUUCCAGGGACGCAACGAUCUCCUCGACUACGCUGCCGAGAAGGGUAUCCCCGUGACCAGCACCAAGGCCAAGCCUUACUCCAUGCACAGCACCCAGCUGACAUGGAAAGCCCACUGCUCGUACGAGGCUGGCAUGCUCGAGGACCCUGAUGUCACCCCUCCCGAGGACAUGUGGACCAAGACAGUGUCUCCCCUCAAGGCACCCGAUACCCCUCUUGACAUCACCAUCCACUUUGACAAGGGCAUUCCUGUCAAGGUCAUCACCCCCCAGCAGACCGCUACCGACGCCGUCGAGCUGUUUGGUCUGCUCAACGCUAUUGGCAAGGAGCACGCCGUCGGCCGCAUUGACAUUGUCGAGAACCGUAUGAUCGGCUUGAAGAGCCGUGGAUGCUACGAUUCCCCGGCCAUGACCAUUCUUCGUCUGGCUCACAUUUCCCUCGAGGGCUUGGUCAUGGACGGAAGGGUUCGUGCCCUGCGCGACUUGCUGUCCAAGCAGUGGUCCGAAUUGCUCUACAACGGAUCCUACUUCAGCCCCGAGCGCGAGUUCUUGCAGCCGAGUCUGGACCACUCCCAACAGCGUGUCAAUGGCGAGGUUCGCCUCCGCCUGUACAAGGGCAACGCGUACUGCUUGGGCCGCAAGUCCAACGAGAAGCUCUACUCCGAGGAGGAUGCCUCCAUGGACUCACUCACGACUUUCGACCCCUCCGAGACGUCUGGCUUCAUCACCAUCAACGCUAUCCGCCUCAAGAAGUUUGGUCUCCAGAAGGCCGAGGCUGGUAUCGAAUUCUAG